CAUAUGGGAAAUGAAAUGCAAACGUGGUUUACAGAACGAUGGUGACGGGGUUCAACAUUUCUCGCCGAGCUAUUUAUGACCCGCCGCCUCACACAACAGAUGCAGACUAGACAGCAUGGAAACGCUUGUUUUCUUAUUUCCUCAAUUUAACUUCAUGGCCCAGAAGGAGGAAGCAUAUUUCAAAAGGCUUGAUCCACAACACCGGCAAGAACCAACCAUGAAGGCCGAUGGCAACAGACACCAAGACAAGGAGAAGACGAGCCGACAAAGUCUCACCAGGUCCGGCUCCCAUGACAAUGUCAGUCACCAGACCAAGACGACAUCCAGCAAUAUCUCAACAGAGACGGCUCUGCAAUGGAGCAACUCAUUUGAAGAAUUAAUGAAGAAUGCAGAUGGGGUGGAAACUUUCUCUCAGUUCCUCCGUACAGAGUUCAGCGAGGAAAACAUUGAGUUCUGGCUGGCUUGUGAAGAAUUCAAGACCUAUGACUCCGAGAAAAAACUGCUGUCCAAGGCCAAACAUAUUUAUACAGUUUUUAUUGAGUCGGAUGCGCCUAAAGAGGUCAAUAUUGACUACAGCACCAAGAUAGCCAUCCAGACCAAUUUAUCACACCCCACAAGGAGCUGUUUCGAAGCGGCCCAGGUGAAAGUCUACAGCCUGAUGAAAAAAGACUCCUAUCCCCGAUUCUUGCACUCCGACCUUUAUUUACGUCUGACCAGGAGGAGAGGGCCAGGAGUCACAAUGUUCCGCAGAAGGUCACGCUCCUGUAUUUUCAACGAGCGAGGCGGUGGCACCGCCGAGCCUUCGCCCUGGUAGCAAUAACAUUUCAGACAUAGCCGCUCACUCGUAAAAGCGAUUAUGACAUUGGCGAUAACCAGUGACGCACUGUAGAAUUUUAAUUGCGUAAUUUGUGUUUGAGAUUGUAAUCAUCCAACGUGUCUGCGAAAUGAAUCAUUUCCCUCUACAAUCACAGUGGAUUAUUUGACCAAUAUUGGGGCCUGGCAAUAAGCCAUUGAGCUACACAAAUAGGGGAUAUUUGGAGGAAUAUGCCAUUUUAAUUAGGUGUGAAUGUAUAGCUCUAGCCCUCAUCUGUUGAGCAAUUAAUGCAAGCUCUAAAUCCUCACCAAAAACAUGGCUUGAUGAUAGGUCAUCUCUUAAAUAAAGGCAGAAAAAGUAGAUUUUUGGAAGCCGACUGAUGUGCGGAACCUUGACGUGAAGCAAACACUUGGAGGAAUUUUGGGGACAAAGACGCCAAACGGUGUAAUGAAGCAUUUUUGUAGUAAUAGGGCCGAGUUCCUUCCACUGCACUUGUUAUUGAGAUCCGCAAUAUGUACGCUCACCAGACAAGUGAUUUGAUACACUUCACGCGAUAGAGAAGAGCUUCAAACUGUCAUGGUUCUGUUUGUGGCCAACAGGUGGCACUGUAGGGCUACGCCUGCAACUGCACAACUGUUGGUCAUUGUGUCAUGAGUUUGUUUGUUUAAAUGGACUCCCGGCACGACCACUCAGUGUCGGGUCAUUGUUGCUGUUACUGUGUGCACGUUUCAUGUUUUGUUUUCUGUCUUGGGUUUUUUGUUAAAUACAUUUUAGUCACUCCACACUCUUCUUCCCUGCCUCCCUGCUUUUGGGGUCCUACUCCUUCACCUCGCAAAACGUGACAAAAACGUUUCAUAACAAAAAGCCAUAGAAUGUUCAAAAUACCGUAUUUUCCAUACUAUAAGGGCCCACCUAAAAGCAUUCCAUUUUCUCAAAAGCCGACAGUGUGCCUUAUAAUCCGAUGUGCCUCCUAUAUGGAUCAAUAUUCUGGUUUCUUGGAUGUAGUAUUUUAAAUGGUUUGUAAAGUGCUUUGUUAUAGCUGAAGCGGUUGUGAAAGCUCUACAUCAAUAAAGCUUUAUUGUAUUGUAAUCCCUUUAGCGUAGCUCCAUCCACUGGAUGAAUAGAUGAAUAACGCAACCACAGCCAAUACAGUAAAUAUUCUCUAGUACGGACUCGUGUUUGCGCUGUCCAAUUUGUCCUGAUAACAGAAAUUCCUCAUUUGGGAAAUGAGCAUGGUACAUGUCCUCUAUUCUCACAACAGUAAAAUAUGUACAGUAUUUCAAUGUUAAUUUUUUUCUGUCUUGGGGAAAAAAAAUUGUAUUUUGGAUUGUUUUGUUGGAUGCAUUCUUUGGUUUAUGACAAUGUUUGCCUGUGUGUCAUACAGUUUUCUUGCUAGUUGCAAGUAACUGUCCCGUUGAUCACCAAUGUCUGGUAAUUCUUGUGCAUACUGAAGGAUUUUUGUUGCCAUUUGCAUUGCUUCCUUGCUGGAUGGUGGCUUGUCAUCAGGAGUUGAAGUUAAAGUUUCGUAGAUUUGCGUCUUUUCGACUACAAGUGUCUGCUGGAUCUUUUUAACAUUGUGUCCAGCCUCGCUCAAACGGAUGCAUUUCACUCGCUCCGCUCCAGUUGUUACAGUUCUUCUAUGUUUCGAUGCGAUGAUCUAUACGACGUAAGUGAAUAAAGUUAAAAUCUUUCGCAGUCACAGUAAAACGCACGCCAAUAAAAAGUCGCUUACACAUCUUUGUUUCGAAUCUGAUGAAUGAAAACGGCGAAGCGAACACGUUUCUUCGGUCGUGUCGAGUGGGUGCCGCGUUCUACAGGACGUAAGUGAAUAAAGUUAAAAUCAUUCACAAUUACAGUAAAACGCACGGCAAUAAAAACUCACUUGCAGGCCGUCGUUUAGAAUCUAAUGAUCGAAAAACGCGAAGUGAAAACUUGUUUCAGCGUUGUCUUUUCCGUCGCAUCGAGUGGCCUUUGCGUGUAUUUAAGCUCCCGCGGCAUUACACCUCCAUCCGGGUUACGGGUAGUGGAAUUUCCGCUUACGCAACUUCCGGUAACAUGUAAUAUCGUAGUCAAAAUGUUAAUGCAAAGGUUUUUAUUCCGGGUGAAGGAUAUUCCUUUGCAUAGAAUUCUGGGGAUGGGAAUACUUACUGUAUUGCAGCUUCUAUGCACCUUAAAUGCGGUGCGCCCUAUAUAUGAAAACCGUUUUAAAAUAGGCCAUUCAUUGAAGGUGUGCCUUAUACGCCAAAGCGCCUUAUAGUGCGGAAAAUACGGUACCUUCAAAUUAAGAAUUGGGGGUGAAUCAGUUCCAGCGAAUGCAUGUGAGAACCACAUCGAAAAUGUGUGGAAUGAACUAACAUUGACAUUUUAGAAUAUUGAAUCAAACUCGCUUUUAAAAUCCAAAAAUAAGGAAUCCUGACCGGAAAAAAACUUCACUCUAAGCUGAGUUUUUCAUAAUGAAUGACUUGAAUAUGUAAAGACUUUAUUUAAAAAUCAAACAUAACGUGUGAAAUCUCUAUAAAACGGAAUUAUCAAAAUUUGUAUGACCCUCACCAAAAGGCAUUUCAUUAUUUAUUUAGUUAUGAAUAUCUCAAACUGUUUACUGUACAUAUACAGCACAAUGGUAAUAUAUACUGUCUAUAAAUUAAUUAGCAUUUUAAAAUCUCCUUGCAUAUGAUUGCUGAAAUGACAUUUCUUCUUCAAACGUCA